AUGAAACCAAAACCAAAUACAAACCACAAGACACAGGAACAAGAAAAUACAUACAAAUGAAACACUAGGGAACAAAAUACAAAAACCGAAGAGGUGGGAUUCGAACACGUGACGAAAGGGAUUUGCAGGUAGCCACAUGAGUCAUGCGGCUGACAGGAAACAGGGGAAACAAAGACUGACAGGAGGGACAGGAGGGACAGUGAUGUCUGCUGGCCAAACGGGGAAGGGACACAGAAGACUGAGACCACAGAAGCUGACCCUGACACUUGACUGGUUAAUCUUUUCAUAAAUAGUUUCCCGGAAUCUGUAGUACUUAGUAGAAUCUACAUGUAAUCAAAAUAAAUUUUAAUAUUUCUGCAAAGUUUAGUACUGUAACCUACAGUGGGCUGGAACUGACUCUUUAUUAAUAUGUGUAUAAAUGGUGUAAGAGGGAGUGAGAGUUAAUCAGCCUGGUAAUUUUCAUACUGUCCCUGCAGGUGUGUCCACAGUGGGAGACAUGACUGUACAGAGAGGAGGAUCUGUCACCAUCCCAUGUUUCUAUGGUGACAGAUAUAAAACUCAUGUGAAAUACUGGUGCAGAGGGUAUAAUGUGAGGUCAUGUUCUCCCAUAGUACACAGUGACUCUCCACAGGAGGGUAAAGUGUCAAUCAGAGAUGAUCCUGACCAACAAGUCUUCACUGUGACCAUCAACAGUCUGACAGCUGGGGACUCUGGUACCUACUGGUGUGGUGUGGAGAUCAGUGGAGGUUCAGAUGUUGGAGCAUCACUUUACCUGUCAGUCAGUGAUGGUUCCCCAGGGCUGUCAGUGGACAAACAGGAGGUGACGGGUGUGGAAGGAGACAGUGUCAGUGUUCAGUGUCGCUAUACAGAUGAUUAUGGUCAGAGGAUGUGGUGUAAGAUCGGGGUGGCCUGUGUAUCAGAGAAAUAUGUGAGUUUGGAUGGGAGGCCUGUCCUGAUCAGGGAUGACAGAGUAAAUAAAGUCUUCACUGUGACAAUGAGGGGACUGGAAAGGAAGGACACAGGCUGGUACUGGUGUGCUGACAGAGACCAACAGAUCCCAGUUCAUAUUACUGUCAAACAGACAACUACAGCCACAAUCAACACUGAACGUUCUGCUCCUGGAUCGACCCCUACAGGAGCGAAUGAUAAGGAACAGAGGUUAGUAUUCAGCUCGUAAUGCUACAGCGUCUGACUGAUCAUACAGUAAUGGGAAAUGCAUAUCAUUUUUAUAAAAAUAAGGACAUUGUGUUUAUAUUAUUUUUCUUAAUUACAAUAUCCCUGAGACGGCAUCCCAUCUAGGGUGAGCUGCAGGCCUGUUGGUUGGAUGUAUGGAUGGAUUUUACAAAACAGUAUAAUGUAAUCUAAUAAACACAUAACUGGUGCGAAAGUAAUCAUUAGCUGUAUAAAGGUACAAAUAAACGCUGAUUU